CAUAGGUCUGACCAAUUUCACAGCUAUGACUUCAGGAUGAGGAUAAUAUGCAUUCUCUUGUCUUCUCCUUCAGCUUCUUGAUGAAGAGGAAGCUCUUCCUCUACAAUUUCAAGAACCUGCGCUGGGCCAAAGGCCGUCGUGAAACCUACCUCUGUUAUGUUGUGAAGCGCCGUGACAGUGCUACAUCGUGCUCCCUGGACUUUGGAUACCUGCGUAACAAGAUGGGUUGCCAUGUGGAGGUUCUCUUCCUACGCUACAUCUCAGCUUGGGACUUGGACCCAGGCCGCUGCUACCGCAUCACAUGGUUCACCUCCUGGAGCCCCUGUUAUGACUGCGCCCGACAUGUGGCUGACUUCCUUCGUGCCUACCCAAACUUGACCCUGCGCAUUUUCACUGCCCGCCUUUACUUCUGUGAGGAUCGCAAAGCAGAGCCUGAGGGGCUGAGACGCUUGCACCGGGCUGGGGCCCAAAUCGCCAUCAUGACAUUCAAAGAUUUCUUCUAUUGCUGGAACACAUUUGUGGAGAACAGGGAAAAGACAUUCAAAGCCUGGGAAGGGCUGCAUGAAAACUCUGUCCAUCUGUCCAGGAAACUUCGACGGAUCCUUCUGCCACUGUAUGAAGUAGAUGAUUUACGAGAUGCCUUUAAAACUCUGGGACUUUGAAGUGGAAGUCAUCAGCAAUGAGAAGACUUCACAAGCAUUUGUUCUUUGAUAUUCAAUUCUCUCCCUCACAGUGUAUCUUUGUCUUCUUCCUUCUUUCCAUCUCUCUUUCUUCCAGCCCUAUGUCCAAACAUAAGACCUUUCAUACUUUUCUCUCCUAACAGCGAGAUUGAAAAGCUCUCAUGAGAGUAAUGAACUGAGUCCUGAACACCUCAUUUGAAACCAGCAAAUCUUCUAAGUGGUUUGUGUGCAGAUCUAGGCCUUUUUGCCCAGAAUGAAGGGAGCUUGAAUAGCUGUGGGUUCAGAUUUUGUUCCCUAUGACAGGUUGAGACAAUAAAAGCUUAAAAUGAAAGCAAAAGAUUUUCCGUCCAACAUUUUCAAGUGUGAGCUGCAGAAAUACGAGCUACUACAUUGAGAGCAGUGGCAGCUCCACAUCAGUGCUGAUCAUUGUACAGACCUCUCACCCAACCAAGAAAGGAGCCUCCAAGGCAUUUCACUAUGGCAGUGUUUUUCCAGCAUAUAUCUACCAAAAUACACACUUCAUUUCUAAUCUGUAUCAUCCCUCAGAUUUAUAGGUUGAGACUGUAGCAUUUUAGAUGUUUUUUUGGCAUCCACAUCAGGCACCAUCUGUUUCAUGACACGGCUAGGAAGAGCAGUGCAAGUCUCACUAACAGAGUACUUCCCAGUCACAGAGCAUUUCUUCCUAGAUCAGACCUGCAAUAUGCUUCAUCCCUAGGCAACUGUCCUCUGUUGGAGGCACCCUGCUUGUUCCAGUUUUACUUGGAAUUAUGUGAGUUCUUUUGAGUAUGGCUUAUAUGACAGAAGGCUUUGGCCUGUGUACUGUGUUUAAAAGCUUGGCAAUUUUGAAAGGUUACAGAUUUGCUCUCUGAGUUAAUUUGUUACUCAAAACUAACAGUUUUAUAGUUUCUUACCUAUUUGACAGAACCCAUUUUCACGGGAGGGUUGGACUAUAUGAUCUCCAGAGGCCACUACCAACCCAUACAAUUCUGUGAUUCUUGAAAUGCCAGGUUAGAAAGCAGCUGGAAAUGAUUGCUAUAAUUGUUUCUCUGUCAUUAUCCACAAGCAGGGAAUGAAAUUGUGAUAUUUGAGAUACAGUCCUCUGUCUUUAAGAGCUUUUUGAUGACUAUAAUACAUCUAGAUAUGGCUAGCUGGUGAUUAGAAAGAACUGACCAGAAAAAAACAACCACCAUGAGUGAAGCUGCACAGCUCAUAGAUUUCUUCUGUAGGGACAAAACCAAAAGACCUUCCUUCCUGUUGUUGACUGUGUUUUCCUUAAGGGACCCAAUUAGUAUCUGGUUCUGUGGACAGUCUUUACUAAGUUGAAAAUAUUGGUUCACGGUUCACACCAACUCCCUGGAUUGCAGAUGGACUAUCCUCUUCAGUUUAACUUCUUCAGGCUUUACCAGGGCUAACAGUGUGUCUCAUACUCUGAAGGUGCUCUGUCUUUUCCUUCAUGAUUGCUGUGAGUUCUCUGCUCCAUCCUAUUCUUCGUUCUGAGCAUGGCCAAUGUUCCUAUGCUGCUCCUAACGUCUCCUAUAGUGAUGGGCCAGCAGCAAGACAGUGCACAGUGCACUCUUCGCCCACAGUGCCUCUUGCUCUGUCAGAGCUGGGUGCAACACAAGCUUCCUACAACUUCUGACUUCCGAUGAGCUCUCAUUUUGAGGAAUUUGGACCAAGAACAGCAGUGAGAGAUCUUUGUGAAGCAUUAAUUUGCAGAUGUGGUGCUAUUUUUUGGAUAGCAUAUUAUUUAUAUUUAAAAAGUCUUGCAAAAGAGCACUUUUUUUUGUCAUUGUUUUUGUAACAAUUCAAGAGAAAAGUAAAAAUCAACACAGAAUACUGGCAUGUAAUCUAUCCUGUUUGAUUUCUACAGAGAGAAACUGGCACUAUCCUGUUAGACUGUCUUUAUGCUUUUUUCCUUUUAACUGUUGAUCUGUUGACAGUGUC